AUGGCUUCUGAUUCAAAUCAACGUUCGAUUGAACUUACACAACAUUUUACAAAUGUUGCGUCAAAUUAUCGUUCUGAUUCGCUAUUUCAAUCACCAUCUUAUCAACAAUGGUUGCAUGAAAUUACAUUCAAUGCAUUAGAUCUCAAACCUAAUCACACUGUCGUAGAUCUUGGCUGUGGACCUGGACAAGAUUCUUUGUGGUUAUCAAAUAAAAUGAACAAAGAAAUAAAUCUAAUUGCUAGUGAUAUAUCAUCCGGUAUGAUGAAAAUCUUAGAUGAUGAAAUACACAAACGAAACUUAUCAAGUAUUAUCAAAACAUAUUGUAUGGACGCAGUGACUUUUAGUCAACAAAAACAACUUCCUCCAUUUCACCGUUUACUUUUAAAACAAUUUAUACAUUUAUUAUCGCAUGAAGAAAGAUUAUUAGCUUUUAGAGGUUUCUAUGAACAGUUGGAUUCGAAUGACAAUAAACUGUUAAUUAUUGGACGCCCUCCAAAAGAAAUAUUUCCAUUCGAUAAACGUACACAAGAGAUAUUUCUAUCAUCGAUACCAUCUACAGAAACUUAUAUACAAGAAUUAGAAAUGUGUGGAUUCGCAAAUAUCCAAUAUGAUGUAUACCGUUACACAUCCGAUGGUUCAAUAACAUUAGAGCAUUGGAUUAAUUUUAUACAAAAUAGAUUAUGGUCGACCUUUUCUCCUGAGCAUAUGACCGAUGAACAAAUUACGGAUUGCAUUUCCUAUCUGAAAGAUAAAUAUAAGAAUGAAAAAUUUCAAUUCCAAGACGAAAUGUUAAUUUUACAUUGCACAGCAAAAAAGUUCAUUACACAAUAA